AAGAGAGCCGCGAUUCCUAGGAGAGGAUCGUUUUGCGGGCUGCAUGUUGCAGAUCGAGGGAAGCCCCUUCCUUCUUCUUUUCCUUCUCCCCGGAAACUGUGGUUUUCCCGGGGCUGGUGGCUUCGGGGGGCGCGCGCGUCUCGGGGAUCUCUGGGCAAAAAAUCUCAGCAUGACUGUUUAGAUCACUGGUGUUCCUCUCGAGUCUUCACUAUGAUGAAAAUGAAGGAGCAGAACCCUACAGGCUGCAUAUACGGUGUGACAUCGGAGGGAACAGGAAAAGAACACUGUAACGGCCCAUACUCUGUAGACUGCAAAUCUCUGAUUGAGAGCGGAAGUACGUUUCCGGAAGCUAUGCAGUCUGCAAGCAGCAGGGGAUCCUUACAGUUCGCACCUUCGCAUCAGGUGAAAGAGGAGCCACAAGAAUGCAUGGCUGAGCGCUGGGAAGCCCGAUGGCAGGAGUUCCUAAGGACGGUGGAGUCCCCUCACUCAGGGUGGGGAAUCUCACAACUGCAAGAGAAACCCUCUCCUUGGGAAGACACGAAAAGCUUUCUGGCCGCCUUCGAGCAAGUAGCUGAAGCCUGCCAGUGGCCUAGAGAAGAGUGGGUGAGUAGACUCUUGCCGGCCCUCAGUGGAGAACCCAAGCAAGCCUUUAUUGGCUUGGAUGCUGCUGACAGAGUGGAUUAUGGGAAGGUGAAGGCAGCUAUCUUGCGAGGAGAUGUCAUCAUCCAGGAGAAACUGCGCCAACACUUCAGGCAUUUCCAUUACCAAGAGGCUGAGGGCCCGAGAUGGGCUUAUGGCCGACUCCAGGAGCUUUGCCAUCGAUGGCUGAAAGUGGAGAGGCACUCCAAGGAGCAGAUCCUGGAGCUGCUGAUCCUGGAGCAGUUCCUGACCAUCCUGCCCCCGGAGAUCCAGAACUGGGUGAGGGAAAGUGGUCCGGACUCCUGCUCUCAGGCAGUGUUUCUGGCUGAGGAUUUCCUGCUGAAACAGCGGGGGACCCAGAGAUGGGGAGAGCAGGUGGCAUUUCAGGAUGUGGCAGCACCAUCCACCGAGGCCAGCCAGACUCCAUCUGAUUCCAAGCAGAGGCAGCUCAUCAAGGAAACCAAGAAGGAAGAGGACAGGGGCUGCCAUCUGUUGGCAACCCAAGAGUGGGUGACCAUCAGUGAUGGAGAGAAAUAUGUGCCUGGAAGUUCAGAACCAAUGGCCCAAGACAAGCUCUCCACUUGGAAAGAAGAGAAUAUUCCUCAAUGUUGCAAGCAGGAAAAUGUCUCAGUAAGACAGGAAAUCCCCCUGAAGGAGGGUAUAGAUGAUUCCCUUCCCUGUGGAGGAGUCCAGACAGGAGUAGACACAGCAGGUUGUAGGGGGAAGAGUGGCAAUGAGGGUUUGCCAUGUGGGUUACCAUCAGAACAAGCCAAAUGUGAGCAGCUGAAAGUGAACAUCUGGGAUCAAGGUGGACCACAAGGCCAGGAGGAGAACCAUGUGAAAAACAGGACAGAGUCAUCUGUUUCUUGUCAGGUUGGGGACUUCCAUGAAAUCACAGUCCAGCUAAUGGAAGAAAGACAGGACUUCAUUGGUGCUCAGUGGAGAAUCCACACAGAACUUCCAGAAUGUGGGAUACUCAGCACAGGAGAGAAACCAUAUCAAUGCCUGGAGUGCGGCAAGAGCUUCAAUCGCAGUUCAACGCUUAGGUCCCAUCAGCGACUCCACACAGGGAACAAACCUUUUGAAUGCUUGGAAUGCGGCAAGAGUUUGUGUGAUAAGUCAAGCCUUAUCCAACAUCAGCGAAUCCACACAGGGGAAAAACCCUAUAAAUGCUUGGAAUGUGGGAAAAGUUUCAUUCAGAGCUCAAAGUUAACUAGGCAUCGAAGGAUGCACACAGGAGAGAAAGUGCAUUGUUGUUCUUACUGUGCCAAGAGCUUCAGUGAUAAAUCGAGCCUUAUUCAACAUCAGCGGAUCCACACAGGAGAAAAACCAUAUAAAUGCUUGGAGUGUGGGAAAAGCUUCAAUCAGAGGGCAAACUUUACUAGACAUCAAAGAAUGCACACAGGGGAUAAAGCAUAUAGCUGCCCAGACUGUGGGAAGAACUUGUGUGAUAAAUCAAGCCUUCUGCAACACCAAAGAAUCCACACAGGUGAGAAACCAUUUAAAUGCUCAGAAUGUGGAAAGAGCUUCAACAAGAGCACCAACUUUGUCAGACAUAUGAGAAUCCACACAGGAGAGAAGCCUUAUAGCUGCUCCUACUGUAGCAAGAGUUUCUACGACAAAGCAAGCCUUAUUCAGCAUCAGAGAGUCCACACAGGGGAGAAACCAUUCAAAUGCUCAGAAUGCGGAAAGAGGUUCAGUCACAGGGGAAGCCUUUGUGGACAUCAAAGACUCCACACCGGGGAGAGACCCUACACAUGCUCGCACUGUAGCAAGAGUUUCUUUGCUCUAUCAAGCCUUCUAAAACAUAAGGUAACUCACUCAGGGGAGAAGGAGCCUCAGUCAGAGCCCAGACUUCAAUUCAUAUCAAGGGAUGCACCCGGAGAAGGAGCCACAUAA